AUGCAGUCGUUUCUGAUCGAUUUAUUAUUGAGCGCAUAUUUAUCUGAACGUGCAAAAUCUCUCGAUAUAACACGUUUAAAAUUACCAAACUCAGCACCAUCACAAGCUGCUCUUCUAACAUUAGAAACUAUCUAUCUUGGUAUUCAACAAUCAUUAUCGGCCCAUAAUAAUAAUGAUCAAACUCAACCACAAGAAAAUGAUGAACACGAUGAAAAAAUUAUUGAGAAAGAAAAUCCUGAAGCAUCUCAAAUAACCAUAACUGUAUGUGAUGAAGCAAAAAUUUUAAAACGUCAAUUUUCAUGCAACCGUUCAUUAUUAAUACGUGAAAUGCGUUAUUUUGCUGAUUAUCUAAAAGAUGAACCUGAUCAAGCGGAAGAAGUAGACAUAAGUGUUCAUUGCGAUUUAGACAUAUUUCAAUGGUUAAUGUCAUUUGUUAAUCGACGUUCAGCAACAAAAGAGCCCGACUUAGAACCACGUAUUGCUGUUUCGAUAUUGAUUUCAUCGGACUUUCUUAAAAUGGAUAAACUCGUACUUGAAACAUUAGAUUAUAUUCAUAGUCAUACGAAUGAAAUUUUGGCUACAAACUGUAAUGUAUCAUGUAUUCCUGAUCCAUUAUUUCGUCAAUUAUCGAAACGUUUUGAAAAUCCAUAUGAAAUUGAACUGAUUCAUGAUAGGAAAAAUAAAAUUCGUGGAAAAAUAUUUGAAUACAACUUAGAACAAUUAUUAACUGAUAACAAAAUAAUUCGCUGUCAAUAUUGUCUUACAGUAAUGACUACUGAACAAAUGGAAGACUUACCUUGUCUAACGGAUCGAUUAAUUUUAAAGCCAAAUGGUAAAUUUCAUUUUCAACAUAAAAUUGAUCCAAAAUUUGACAUUAAUCAAUGGGCAAGAGAAAUUAACACACGAGGAGAAAGUUCGUGGAGACAUACAUUUUGGAUUGUUUGGUUACACAUUAAUGGUGACCAAUGUGCACGUUGUCAUUCCUACUUUCGUUUCAUUGACUUUUCAACAUGUCCUUACCAUCCACUCUCAUCUGUUACUGAUGGCAAGCAUGACUGCUGCUCAACUUUAGUUAGUACAUUUGAUAUUUUUCAAUCGAACAUUCGAGAUACCGGUUGUCAAAAACGUGAACACAUAUGUCUGUCGCAGAAUUAUUUAUCUGAAAUCUAUGAAAACAUAGAUAAAGGUGAACUUGUUAAACAUCAUCCGUCAUUUCGAAUUUCACGUAUUAAUCCUAAUUAUACCAAUGAAAUGAUAGAUAAAGUUAUUGAACAGUCCAUAUUCGGUGCAGCAAAUACAGAAGCAAAAAAACAAACAAUGCGUGCGCAAUGGACACCUUUAAUUGAUGCUCAACCCUAUGGAUCAGAUAUAAAAUAUUCAUGGGAUGCAACCAAGUCCACUCGUUGGAAUCAAGACACACAACGAGAAGAUGAACAUCGACGUUUCGAUGAAAUGCUUCGUUAUAUGCAAUCAAUACAGCAGAACAAUAAAACAUCUUUAAAUCGUACAUUAAAAGAAACAACGUCGUCGCCAUUUAUUUCACCAGGUGGAAUUUAUUGUCGGAUUGAAAAUGAAUGGAGAACUCGCCAAAAUAGUUCCCUUACUACUAACACUAAUAAUAAUAAUGCUACGAAUAAAAAUCGACAACGUAUUACAGUAAAAUAA